AUGGACGCCAAAGAAAUCGAGCUCAAAACGAAGGCGCUGACCAAAGCGGCCACGUCAAACGAGCCGCCAGCGAAUCUGAUCACCCUAUUGAAGAGCCUUCAAAAGGGCGUGCGGCCAACCGAAGACCUUCUCCGCUCGACUCGUAUCGGUAUCGUGGUAAACAAACUCAAGCAACACAAAUCGCCGGACGUUGCCCGGCUCUCGUCUGAGAUCGUCUCCAAAUGGCGAAGCGAAGUUAAACAAAAGUCAAACGGGUCUCCAAACCCGCAUCGUUCGAGCACACCCAAUACUGGCGCUGGAUCGCCUGCCUCGGUGAGCACACCGGGUGACAGGGCAUCUAAGUCUUCUGUCCCGCCGGAGAAGCGGACUUGGAAAGCCGACGGUGUCGACAUUGGUAUUACAUCAAACAAGGUCCGAGACAGCUGUCUUGGGCUCAUGUACGAUGGCCUUUGUUUUAUGAGCAUCGAGACGCCCAAAGCUGUACUUGUCAAAGCAACUGCCGUCGAAGCGGCUGCAUUCACCGCAUUUGGCCCGGAGAGGAACGAGCAGUACAAGACCAAAAUCCGCAGCCUUUUCCAGAAUUUGAAGAACAAGUCAAACCCACAGCUUCGGCAGCGCGUGCUCUCCAAUGAAGUCACGCCGGAGAAGUUCGUCCAAAUGACCCACGACGAACUCAAGUCCGACGAGCGCCGAGAAGCAGACAAGAAGAUCCAAAAGGAGAACAUGGACAAGGCAAUGGUUGCCAAGGCAGAACGGAGUGUUAGUGCCAUUUUGCAGUGUGGAAAAUGUGGUCAACGCAAGGUCAGUUAUACCGAAGCGCAGACUCGCAGUGCCGAUGAACCGAUGACUCUGUUCUGUACGUGCAUGAACUGUGGAAAGACAUGGAAGCAGUAA